AUGAAGUUCCUGAGACGACACAUAUUCAAGCGUAAAAGAGGGUCGAUCGCCCCCGUCGAUUAUUACGAUAAGAAGAAAUUGAUGAGAGUGGAUGUUGGUGGAGUAAUCGGGUAUGGCGGAUUCAGCAGGGUUUACGUGGGCCAAUUCCCUGAUUCGUCGUCGUCGAGGGUGGCCGUGAAGAGAUACGUAAGCAGCCAGCGGGUGUAUGAGGAGGUAUACACGCAGGAGUUGGAGGCCUUGCGACUCCUCAACCAUCAAAACAUUGUCAAGCUCCUGGGCCACUAUCAUGAUGGAGACGAAGGUGUGUUAAUACUUGAAUAUGUCCCCAACGGCAACUUGCAAGAGAAGCUGGGGCCAAACAAUGCCCCUCUCCCAUGGGAGCGUCGCAUGGCCAUCGCAUACCAGCUUGCCCUGGCCAUCUCUUACCUACACGACGGGCCCCACAUCGUCCACGGUGACAUCAAGCCCUCCAACAUCCUCCUCGACUCCUCCCUCAACUGCAAGCUCUGCGACUUUGGGUCCUCCAACCUCCACAUGAACUUGUGCCCCAGCCCCAGGAGGAGGAGGCUCAUCACGGGCUCCCCGGGCUACGCGGACCCUGCCUACCUCUCCACCGGCCUUGUCACCAAGAGCAACGACGUCUACGCUUAUGGUGUAGUGGUUUUGGAGCUGGUGACUGGGAUGGAAGCAGUCGACCCACUCAGCGGGAAGUGGCUAACCGGAGGGAAGAUUGUGGUGGACCGCCGAGGGGAGGUGGACUUGGAGGAGGCAACAAUGAUGGUGGGAUUGGCUUCGAGGUGCGUCACCACCUCACCUGACCUUAGGCCCACGGCCUCCAACAUCGUGGCCUUUAUGAGGAAUCAGAUUCCUUCCUUGUCGAUUUUGUUCACACAAUAUUGA